ACAAAAUGUUGUUUUUAAAAGAUAAAUUUUGAUAAAAUAGAUUUCUUCGGGUCGAUAAAACAGGAAACUUCUUUGGUAUGAAAUUGACACGACAUGGUUCUGAAGUUCGCCACAAAAUUAAUAAAUCUUUGUUGCGCGGCAACCGCAAAUGAAGGCUAUAUAAAUUAAAUCUUUUCGAUACAAAGCAGUACAUACAUAUGUAUAUGUACUGUGAUAAUUGUUCAUUUAAUUUUGUAUAGGAUAUUUAUGAAAUAUCUAAAAAUGAUGAUUGAGGAAGACGUUCCUACUAUAUUACAAGAGUUUGUACAACCUCGUGUAAUAAAUCAAGAUAUGUUAAUAAAUUUGGUAAUUGAACAAGGGCCAAAAGGAGAAGCUGGUAAACUUUUUUACGAAGAUGGUAUUAAAUUAGAUGAAAUAAAAGAAAUUCGAAUUGAAUUUCUUAAUAUUCUAAAACUUGAUUAUCUAUGGGUAAUGCCAAAUCUAAUGACAUUAAAAUUAUCCAAUAAUAUAAUUGAGAAAAUAGAAAACCUAAAUGUGCUCGUUAAUUUAAAAGAAUUAGAUCUUUCUUUCAAUCGCAUUAAAAUAAUGGAGAAUUUAAACAAUUUAACAAAACUAGAAAUAUUGCUUUUAUUUAAUAAUGAAAUUCGUGAGAUAGAAAACAUAGAUGAAUUAUGUCAUCUUACGAUUUUUAGUAUUGGUAAUAAUAUUAUAACAGAUACAAAACAUGUACUAUAUUUGAGAAAAUUUAAAAAGUUACGUAGUUUGAAUAUGAGUGGAAAUCCAUGCACUAAAGAAGAUGGAUAUUUGCAUUAUGUAUUUGCAUUCUUACCACAAUUAAUUUACUAUGAAUACAAAAUGAUAACUAAUGAACAAAGGAAAGAUGCUACAGAAAAACAUUAUAGGACUUUAAAUACUUUGGAAGAAGCAGAAAUGAAAGAACAAGAAGAAUUGGAUGCCCAGCAAAAAUAUGAAAAGAAAUUAGCUAUCCUCACUGCUGCAUAUGUAGAACAUCUUGAUGGAGAUUAUCUCUUUCAUCAAAUGUUUGAAGAUGACAAAGGAAAAGAUUUAUCUAUAGUAACUGAUGAUACACAAAAUGCACAUGAAGAAUAUAAAAAAAAUUUUACUGCUAUAUGCGAAGAGUUUUGUGAGAUAGGUUUGAAAGAACAUAAUAAGCGAAUGAAUGAAAUAAAUCUUUACAAUAUUGCUGUAAAUGAAGGUAAAACCAUUUCAGAAAAUCAAGGUAGAAUGAUUGUAAAUGAAGUCUUGCGCAGGAAAACUGACGCUUUAGCAACUGUUAAACAAUUAUUAAAAAAGCUAGUUGGAGAUGUAGAUACUGCUACAUUAGAAAAUGUAACUGAAAUAGCACAACAAUAUUCUGAAGAAUUUAGUGAUAUGGUAACUGAUGCAUGGACAAGAUUAAUGUCCAUUGAAGUAGAUCUGCAUGAACAAAUGGAGGAUAUAAAUGAAGUAUUUAGGAUCAACAUUUCUGAUAUGGUGGAUUCUUUUCUAACAACUGCACGAGGAUAUUUUUCACAAUUACGUAAUUGUGAAGCAGAGUAUAAUGACACUAUUAACGGAUUAAUUCUGUAUUUCCUUAGUGGUAUUGGAGAUGAUGCAAAAAUGCCACGUCAUUUAUUAAAUCUAUGUGAAGAUAAAGACAUGUUAAAUUACAAUCUUAAUAAUUCUCAUGAAAGGCAUUUACAAAUAAUAGAUGUUCGAGAAGAUAUCAUGAUAAAUCGAUUAAAAAAUUGGGUUGAAGAAUACAGUGAACAGCUAAUAAGGCAUGAGAGUGAAAGAAGUAGUCAACAAAUAUUAGAAAUAUCACAUUUUGCAGAUUCUCAACAACAAGAAUUUCUGCAAGUAUUGCAACAAUUAAAUUUAAAUGUUGAUGAUUCAGAAAUUAUAUUAGCACUUGAUGAGUGACUUGAUAAAAUGAUGCAUGAUCAUUCAGAAGUUAUAUUAUAAACGUAUUACUUUGAAAAUUAAUAUAGAAGGUAUGUGUUUAAAAGAUUCAAUAUAAUUUUGACACUUUUGGAUUGCAUUGGCUUUAUCAGAAGCUAAUUCAUCUACAAUUCCAAUUUCUAAUGCUUCCUUUGGAUGAAAUAGGGUUCCUCUAUGAAAUCAAUAGUUUUCAAUUAAUUAUAGAUAUUACUAAAUGGGAUAAAUGUUUUGUUAUACAUUCAUUAACAAUAAAUUACUUUAAAAGUGCUAA